UUUGGAGAUACAUAUGCAUAUAUCAUUGUUGUAGUCGGUUAACAAGUGCGGUUUUCCUCAUCUGUACAAAAUGUUAAUCAGCAUUAUUUUAAAGCCAUUUCUCAUUGUGUUAAAUUUUAUAUUUAUGCUUAUUGGUUUGGCUUUAGUCAUACUUGACACAAUAUUUAUGGUCAAUGUUAACAAAUACAAAGAGGUAGUACCUGAAGAACCGAUAUUUCAACACAUUCCCAUUGUAAUAAUUGUAGUUGGAUCAAUAACAUUAGCGGCUUCGUUAUUGGGAUGUUAUGGCGCACGCAAGUCUAAUGCCUUCGUUUUAUAUACGAAUGGUACAAUAUUGUUUGUGCUAGUUCUCGCGAAAAUUGGCCUUGUGGUGUAUAUCAUAGUUGUAUUUUCAAACAAUUUAAAUGAAAUAGAACAGACGUUUCACGAUAUUUUCGAAAUAUUGUACCAAAGCAAUAAUCCAAUUAUAAAAAUCCUUCUCCAAAGAAUAAAGAAAGAGUUCAAUUGUGGGCGAACCCAAUUCAUAUAUCCCUCGAAUGUUUUGUAUCCGUCAGAUGUUGUCAUUUUCGAACCUGCCUGCGAUGAAGUAUUUUUUUCAUGGUUGGUUAGAUCCAUUGCAAUAAAGAUUAUAAUUCUUUUCGUACUAAUAGGCCUUGAAUUUAUUGGUGCUGUCUUCUCAUUCUGUUUGGCACGCUAUACUUAACUGAAUAGAUAGGAUUUCAUUAUUACUGAAAUGGUUAUAUCUUUAAACUACAAAAUAGAUGUGGUUCAUAAUAUAAAACUAUAAUAAUAAAUAAUCAGAAUAUGUUUUGUUAAUUUUGUCCUUAAUAAAAUGAAUGGCAGAAUAUAGAUGUAGGUAAAAUAAAUAUUUACGCAUU